AUAUAAGCACCACAUAGAGAGAGAGAAAGCAAGAGAGAGAGGAGAAAUGAUGGAAGUGGGACUGAAGAUGGGUGGGAAGCUGAUGCAGAGCGAAGAGAGAGAUCAGAAGAAGAAGCAUGAAGAAGCAGAAGCAGAGGAGAGAGAGACAGAGCUGAGGCUGGGGUUGCCUGGUGGCAACAAUGGAGGAGGGUCCGGAUCUGAUCAAGGACCAGAUUACCAAGUGGUGGUGGGGGCAAGGAAGAGAUGCUAUGCCGAGACUGAGGUGGACUUGAAGCUCAACCUCAAUCUCUCUUCUUCCUGUUCACCACCACCACCAUCAUCAUCAUCAGGCUCUGAUCCAAACGACCAAACCAACUCGUUGCCCAACAAGCUGGACAAGAAGACCCUCUUGCCUUGCGCUACUUCUGAUAUUCCUGUCAAGCCUCCAGCUAAGGCCCAGGUGGUGGGUUGGCCGCCAGUCCGAUCGUUCCGCAAGAACCUGGUGGCGGCGCAGAAGAGCAGCACCGAGGACGCGAGCAGCGGUGGCGCAGCCUCCUUUGUGAAGGUGAGCAUGGACGGGGCGCCGUACCUGCGUAAGGUGGACUUGAAGAUGUACAGGACCUACCAAGAGCUGUCUGAGGCCUUGUGCAAGAUGUUCAGCUCCUUCACCAUCGGAAGAUGUGAAUCCCAAGGAGCGAAGGAUUUGACGAGUGAGAGCAAGCUGAGGGAUCUUCUGAAUGGCUCUGACUACGUUCCCACCUAUGAGGAUAAAGAUGGUGACUGGAUGCUCGUUGGCGACGUUCCCUGGGAAAUGUUCGUUGAAUCUUGCAAGCGCCUCCGCAUAAUGAAAGGGACCGAGGCGGUUGGGCUCGCUCCAAGAGCCAUGGAAAAAUGCAAGAGCGGAAGCUAAAGAAAGCGUGUGGAUGACACACAGCCUGCUCCUUUGAUCUGGUGGUUGAAAGACAGCACAGAUGGAUUGAGCAGGUGGUGAUUUGAAUGUGUUUUUUGCAUUACGUUGUCUUGUGAUUACGUUAAAGUUGGAGUUCUAUGUUUUUGAAUUUCAUCAAAUAUGAACCCUAAAAACUUGAUGACUCUUUCGUAUGUCCAAAGACUCAGAUUUUGUCUUUGCUUUGUCGUAGUGUAAAACCUAUGUUGUGUGGCGCUAGCCUAGCAAUAACAUGUACCUAUGUACCGUGCUUCGUUGUAGCUAGUGUGCUUUGUUUCCCAUGA